AUGGAUGACAGCUUGAAGGCUUUCUUUUCCCAGAUAACAUCUUUUUAUACUAAUGAAUGGUUUUGUUCACAGUUUCGCAACCAGUAUGACAAUGAUGUCACUGUCUGGAGCCCUCAGGGCCGAAUUCAUCAAAUAGAAUAUGCUAUGGAAGCUGUGAAGCAAGGCUCAGCUACUGUGGGGCUGAAGUCAAAAACCCAUGCUGUUCUGGUUGCUCUAAAGAGAGCACAGUCUGAGCUAGCAGCUCAUCAGAAAAAAAUCCUGUAUGUUGACAACCAUAUUGGCAUCUCAAUUGCUGGACUUACUGCUGACGCAAGACUGUUGUGUAAUUUCAUGCGUCAGGAGUGUCUGGAUUCUAGAUUUGUGUUUGACAGACCUCUUCCAGUGUCCCGUCUAGUGUCACUAAUUGGAAGCAAAACCCAGAUACCAACACAGCGAUAUGGCAGAAGACCAUAUGGUGUAGGACUGCUCAUUGCAGGUUAUGAUGAUAUGGGUCCUCACAUCUUCCAGACUUGUCCUUCUGCAAACUAUUUUGACUGCAGAGCUAUGUCCAUUGGUGCUCGUUCACAGUCAGCUCGAACUUAUUUGGAGAGACACAUGAGUAAUUUUUCUGACUGUAAUCUGAAUGAGCUAGUUAAACAUGGUCUGCGGGCCCUCAGAGAGACUCUUCCUGCAGAGCAGGAUCUGACUACUAAGAAUGUUUCCAUUGGGAUUGUUGGCAAAAACAUGGAGUUUACUAUCUAUGAUGAUGAUGAGGUGGCCCCAUUCCUGGAGGGACUUGAAGAAAGACCACAGAGGAAGCUUGCUCCCCCAGCUGAGGAACCUGCAGAAAAGGCAGAAGAACCAAUGGAGCACUAAUAUUUGUGGAUGACUCCAUGUAUUGACCUAUAUAUAACAAUAUAGGAAAGUUAUCCCUUAAUCUUUACCCUACACCAAAUGCAUACUAUGUUAUACAUUAUGGGGAAUUAGUCCUAAAGUAUUUUCGACUAUCCUUAAACUGUCAAAGAACUCAUACAUGGGCAUCUUUUAUUUUAAAGGAAAAGUGUAAUCACUUUUUAAAAAAAGUACCAGAAUACUAUCUGUUUUGUAUGGAAAGCAUAUUGUCUUGUCAGAGCAUCUGGAAUAAAUUUGUUUCUUGAAA